CCGUGGUGCUGUUCGGCGUUGCCUCAGGCUCCUGGAAUUGUGUAGACCGGAAGAGGACAUUCGUGCCAACAAUCACGCGCUAGAUUGCUUAGCUUCCUGGUACAAGUCACCACCGUGCUCCGGUAAGGUGGAUAUAACUCUCGAAUUGUUCUGCAUUUUGACGGCAGCAACGAGGCACACGAUAUUUAUGUAAUAGAGAGCCGAGGAGCGGAGGAUCGCGGGUUGUUUACCCAAGAUGUCGAGGCUGGGGGCUCUGCUGCUAGUCUGGCUAUGCCAUCUGCUGGUGGCCGAGGGCCAGGAAAAGGUGUCCAUAGCUGUUAUUGGCUCUGGGAUAGGGGGCUCGGCAGCCUCUUAUUUUCUCAGGGAGGCGCUGGACGACGAUCUUCAGACCAAAAUCGUCGUGUUCGACAGUGCAACCAAGAUAGGGGGCAGGACAGCACACUACGUGCACGACGGGAAGGUGCUCGAGAGUGGCGCCUCCGUCAUCUACACAGGCAACGCCCACCUGUUCAACCUCACCGAGCGCGUCCACCUGAACAAGCUUGACCCCAGCAAGCAGGAAGGGCCGAACACGGGACUGUGGGACGGAGAACGGUUUGUCCUCAAGACGACCAGUUCGGGCAUAGCCAACCUCGCUCGCAUGGUGUGGCGAUACGGAACGUCAUUGCUCAAGAUGAGAUCUAUGGUGUAUGAGGCCCUAGCAAAGUUCGACCGUAUUUAUGACCUACAGGCGGACGGCAGGGUGUUCGAGACGCCGGAAGACCUGUGGAGCGAGGUAGGUCUUCUCGGUCUAGCACGGAUGACCAUAGCGGAGUACUUCGAACAGCGGCUCGGGCGGGCAGGGUCGCUGGUGGAGGUUGAGCUAGCACACGCCGCCAACAGGGUGAACUACAACCAGGGCAACGGUCUCAACGCGCUCGCGGGUGUCGUCAGUCUCUGCCCGGCCGUCACCGGAGACCUGUUCAGCGUGGAAGGGGGAAACGCCCGCCUUUCAGAGGAACUCCUUGGCGUUUCGGCAAGUGAGGUGCGACUCAAUACUAGCGUGGCGAGAGUUGUUGGGAGCGCCAAGGGAGGAUACAUGCUCUACGGUCAGGGUGGAGAUACGCUCGGGACGUUUGACGCUGUGGUUAUUGCUGCCCCUAUCGGGCUGGCGGGCAUCUCCCUGGACAUGCGUGGAGAGGACGGGAGUCCAGAAACCCCGAUAGAACCUUUGCCGGUCGUCACAUACCAAGAGGUGCACACGACCUUCGUGCGCGGGGUUGUGGAUGGCGUGUACUUCGGCCUCGGGAAAGGCGAGGAGGUGCCGAACAGCGUGUUUCUCACCGAGCGGGCGGCCGGCUUAGCGUUCUCGUCCCUUGCGCUCAAGACCUGGGUCGGUGAUCCCGCCGAUGGCGUUGGUGUUUACAAGCUCUUCUCGAGGAAAGAGCUGUGGACAGGAAUGCUGGACUCGUUAUUCGUUCAAGGCUCUUGGGAAAUCUUGCACCACCGGGAAUGGCGCGCGUACCCCGUUCUCAGCCCGAAGAAGGCCUUCACUCGCGCGAAGCUGUUCGCAGGACAUCCGGUUUGGUACGUCUCGUCGCUGGAGGAGGGCGUCAGCGCAAUGGAAGUUGUCGUCAUCGCCGCAAAAAAUGCCGCUCUCGGCGUAGUGGAGGCUGUGAGAUCUAGAAACAGCCAACCAGGUCGUGUACAGGAGGCUAUCUUGGCAGCAGAUACGGGCAGUGUAGAUGCAGCAGCGAGUGCCGAGCUGUGACAUGUCGAAAGGGUAACCAUUAUUUCAUACUGGUUCAUACAUAUGGACAGGAUCUUUUCAAACGCUGUGCAAGUGAAUGUGUGCAUCCGGCAAUUGAAGCAUAUGUGUGAAUAACUUUACAUGUUUCCCGACCUGCUUGUUUCGUACAAGCUGCCCCCGAUGUCUCAGUUGUUUGUAGUCCUUAGACAAGAGGCAGGUAUUAAACUCUCUAAGUAAGGUUAUGCCUGCGGAGAAAUCGCAGCUACUAGUUUCGGCGAGUUUGUGUGUGCGAGUGAAAUUUCUUGUCAGACCCCACUCGCCGGCUGUGCUCGAAUGUGAAAUAUGACGGGGGCGGGAGAUGCAACGGAGAGGCCUGCUGUGGGUGCCGGAAAGAUUGGUGGUAGCCUGUUCUCUGCUGACCGGGAAUCUCCCAAAAGGGGGAGCAGAUUCGACCUCAUCCUAUUAACAAUAUUUUGUAACUUUUAUGCUCGCUUCGUUCCCAUUUCGUCUCAGUCUAGCCCCAAGUACACCGUGACACAUAGUAGCUCCUCGAGCUGUCGAGCGAUAGUACUUGAGGGCGAAAUUCGACCUCAUUUUGAAAUGGCACGGAUGCCACGGUCGCAAUCGCCAAAUUCUGUUGUAAUGUCUCGGAGCCUUGUCUUUGUGCGUAUCACACGUAUUGCGUACACCAAGGAUAUCGGGUCGAAUGUAAGAGGUAUCGGUCAAAAGUGUUCAAUUCAGCGUCCUGCGGUUUGUUUCGGGCGCCCAAUCAAUUUUGGGCGUGUGUGUUUCAACAGGGGCCGGUGAAAAUAAUGUUUUUUUGUGGAAGUUAAAACUGGUGGGUGAGUUUGUUCUCCUUCCAAGGCGCUACUGCUGUACAAGGCAAAAAAUAUUUGGAGAGGUGCCGUGUAAUUUUUGGUGAAUGAUACACAAAAUUCACAGGCGGUAGGUCUUCGUUCACCGUGUGUGCGAAAAUGCCGUUGCGACCUGCAAAAGAACGAAUCUCGAAACAGUCCACUUAUGUCCGUGGCGUGAUGGCAGUCACACUUUCGACUAUUUCCAGUCGAUGGUUAAA